CAUAGAAGAAUAACUUCGUUCAGUUCAACUCAAAAGACACACCCUCGUCAAUUUACCCUCGCGUUAUGCCCUUGGGGGAAUCCCCGUCACCAUCUUGGCGGGCGGUCCAAAUGAUUAACCAAGCAAGGGAAGUUUACAACAUAAGUCCCUCAGCCCUCGUUUUUAGUCGAGUUUGUGAGUGUAGAAUUAUGUUCACUCCGGGGCCUGAAACUCCCCACAGUUCAAUUCACGACGAUUGUACAUCCGCUAAGAAAAGUCAGCCAAAACUUACAAACAACAUCAAUGGAGAAGUCAACAUACAAGUGUGGUGUACUUCCACAACUCUCUUUCUGCCCAUCGUGGUGGCUGUGGUGGAGCUGGUGGAGUUACAGCCCAGGGCAGAUGGCUCCCAGCAUGCACUGGGGUGCUGCUAAGCCAUCCUGCACCUCUUCUCAGCAGGACAGAACCUCAGGCAGGCUAAGUUUGUACCAUGGAACACCCAGGACCCUGCUCCAUCUACUGCCAAAGGAUCCUAGCAAGCAGAGACAGCUGUUGCCCGCAAUCAAUGAAACUCAUUUGGUGUGCAGUUUGAAGCUUCACCAUGCUCUGGAACCUGCCAUGCACCUCUUCCCCCAGAACAUGGUGCCUGGGGAAGAGAACAUCCCCGGGGUUACGCCCUCCCCUACAGAUUCCUACCGCAAGCCUUGA